CGCUGUCUGAUUGGACAUCCUGGGGGUCCAGCACAGUGGCCUAGCACCAGCCGCUUGGUUGAGGCCAUUUGUACAAAGCUGUGUGCCGUUCACAAGUCCACUUCCAAGAAGGCUGGUGUUCGCACGCCCAGGUGGUCUAAAAUACUGACCGAUUACCACCACAUCCGGGAUCUGGUGCUUGGCAGUCGCAGGCUGAUGGAUGAAACAGUGAUCCAGCUUUUUGAGCUAAACCAGAAGACGCUUAUUCAGUGGUUUCAACGGAGGCAAAAGGAUCAGGAAAUGAGUGUACUCACUCAGGGACUGACUCCACUUGAUCCAAUUGCUGUGGCAGAUACGCAGCUUCCUUUGCCGAGGGAAAAAUUGGACGAGGCACCAUCAACAUCAGGCCCCAAACACCAGUUUGUCUUUCCUCCAAAUAAAGAAGGACAGGCACCUCUUAUUCGACCUGGUCGAAAGUCUGCUUCUGCAACCACCACAGUUUGCUCCUUCCUGCCGGAUGCCACCACGGUGUGCUCCUUUCCACUGGCCCCCACGACGGUAUGCCCCAUUGCGCCAACCCCCACCACAGUCUGCCACAUUGCACCGGCCCCUACCAUGGUGUGCCCCGUCACACCGACCUUCACCACAGUGCGCCCCAUCUCGCCAGCUUCCACCACAGUGUGCCCCAUCAUACCAGCCUCCACCACAGUGCGCCCUAUUGCGCCGGCCCCCACCACAGUGCGCCCCAUUGUGUCUGCCCCCACCACGGUGUGCUGCUUUCCACCGACCCUUAGCACGGUGUGCCCCAUUGCACCACCCCCCAUAGCACCAGGUGUUAUGCAGCCCAUUUCAGGACCUGAAUCAUUGUUUGGCACACUUGUUUUUAACCCAGACAUGAGUGUGUCAAUGGUGAUUCCAUCAUUUGCUGCACCAACAUCCAGUGCAGUCCCAGCUUCACCUGCACCUGCUGUUCCUCCACCUGCACCUGCUCCACCUGCACCUGCUGUUCCUCCACCUGCACCUGCACUUCAAAUGGCAAAUCCUUAGAGAACUGGUUGGCAGAACAGCGCCAGCAAAAUAAAGGACAAACUCCAGCUCCAGAAUAAAGGACAAAUUGCUGUAUAUAUUUUUGUAAAUGUUACAUGGGUACUCUCUCUCUCUC